AUGAAAGUCCAAAUAUUUUUGUUAUUCUUUAUUGCUUGUUUAGCUUCUGUAAGCUACGCGAAAGAAUGCAAAAUUUUUUGCAAGGGUCAAAAUUUGCAUGAAACUGGGGACAGCGCGAGCGGCUGUUAUGGACUUAGUCCUGAUGAUCCCUUCAAGAGUUGCGAUGUCAGCGCACCCGGUACUUCGUACAAAUUUUUCGACGAUUUUGGCUGUAAGGGAAGUGUUGUUCGUACUGGCAAAGAUUUUACCGUAUUUAAACCCCCUUUCGUUAAAGCUAAAUCGGUCCAACUAAGCUGCCCAUAA